GAGGAUACCAAAAACCUCGUGGAGUGAAAAAUAUAGUUUUAAUUUAAAUUUUUGAAUGUGGAAAUUCAAUUAAAUCAUAAGAGUACAAGAAAACUGUGCAGAACAGUUUGUUAAAUAGAGUGAAAAUCAUGGAAAAUUCCUACGGCAUUGGAAUUACUAAUAGGUACGACCUAUUCUAUCUGGACGACGAUGAGCAGGAUCCGUUCGAGCAAUUGAAACAAAAGAAGGCGAAGAGUGCCGCAAACGCCGUGGCUGCCGUGAAUGCUGCCCCGAAUGCGACGGCAGUGAAGAAGGCUCCCGCCGCGGUCAUCAAUACGAAUGUCAAGUCAAAUGUAAAUAACAACAACAAGACGGCGGAGAAGGAGAACAAAAUUUCGGCCUCGAACAAGAGUAACCAGAACAACGAAAAAACCGGAUCAGGCAACAAAGGCGGCAAUGCUCAACGUCCCAAGGGAAUUAAGGAAACUGGCAACUUGAAGACUUUGGACAAUCGCGGACCUCGUGACGAUAAGGACAAAAAUGCAAAUCCCAAGAACUUUGACCGUCCACAAAACAAGGAAGAUCGGAACAAUAGGCGCAAUCGUGACGGACAAAAUGGACCAGUUGGCGAAUUCAAUCGCGAAGAUCGACCAAGAAGGCAAGGCGGACAAGGACGAGAUGGCGGCGACAAACCUCGUUUCGAUCGUCGUGGCAAACGGGAAUUCGAUAGUAGGCAAUCGGGCUCAGACAAAACUGGCGUAAAGGCUGUUGACAAGCGCGAUGGCGGCGGUGCACACAACUGGGGCUCACACAAGCAGGACUUGGAUGACUUGAACAAAGGUACGGAAUACUUAACUGAUGGCGAAAAGAACGAUUCUGCCGUGGAGGAAACGAAGGAGGGCGAUGCUGCUGCCGAUGGCGAAGCCAAACCCGUCGAGGAAGAGGUUAAGGAAAUGACUUUGGACGAAUGGAAAGCACAACGGGCUGCAACGCGUGCCAAGCCACAAUACAACUUACGGAAAGCCGGCGAGGGAGAAGAUAAUGCACAAUGGAAGAAGAUGGUUCCUUUGGACAAGAAAAAGGCAUGCGAAUCUGAGGAAUCCGACACGGACAAGAACAACGCAAACCAACAUGGCGCUGGAAAGGGCGAAAAGAAAAAGGUACUCGACAUUGAUUUCCACUUCAACGAUAGUCGUCGUUCGGGCGGCGGCUUAGGUCGUCCUCGUCGCGGCGGAAAACGCGAAUUUGGCGAUAAACCACGAUUCGAUGGGCCCCGUGACGGACCACGUGAAGGACAACGCGACGGACCAAAACCCGAAGGCGGUAACGAACGUGCUGGCGGCGAAAAUCGAGGACCCCGUGGACCUCGUCGGAAUGAGCGAAGACAGGAACGCGAAGAUCGCCGUGGCCCAACUGCGCCAAAGGUCGAUGAUGAACGUGACUUCCCAUCUCUUGGCUAAAUAAAAACAAACAAAAAAAAAUACUUACACAAGAAAACGAGAGAAAAUGAAACACACAGCCAAUAAAAAACCAAACAAGUAUCUUCAAAAAAAAAAACAAAAAAUGUUAUAAACAAGUAACAGAUCAAGUCAAAUUGUGAAGAAAAUGAAACUUAUACCAGUUAUAAAAAAAAAUUACUAAAAAAUUCGCGUAAAAAGAAUAGAAACAGCAAUUAAAACAUUUUAAUCUUGAAUUUGUGGAUUCGAUUUAUGAAGCCGAAGAAAAAAAUGAACAAUAAUUUGUACUACUUGAAAAAAAAGAACGUGAACUUAGAAAAAAAUUUUUUUUAAUAUUUUAUUAAAUUUAUUCUAUUCAUUUACUCGAUCGACGUAUACAUUUUCAUUAUAAUAACAUUUAUAUUUUUUGUAAUGUACAAUGUAUUCACUUUUUUUUUAAAGUUAGGGUUUUCAUUUUCAUACAAAUACAAAUGUUAGUUUUUUUCGCAUUCAUUAUAUUAAUUAAUGUUAUUCAUCUUUUUUUUUAAUUUUAACAGAAAGAAACAAUCCAUAAACCUUUCGUUUUAAUUUUAUCAUCAAUCAAUACUUUUUAUUAUAAAAAAAUACAAUGUAAUAAUAAUUAUUUCUCGCCACACUCAAAAACUCACAAAACACACACAGACAUAAAAAAAAAUUAUUAUUAUUAUUAUGCUUGCAAUUUACAUCAACAGUAGAAGCGAAAAAACAGUUAAUUAAUUAAUUAUUGGAUUAAAAUAACAAUUUAAAUUUAAAAAUAAAAAAAAAAUAUUAAAUAUUAAAAAAAAAUUGUAAAAGGUAACAAAACGAUUCGUAUGAAAAAAAAAACAAAUGAUUGGCAUGUAGUAGUUAUUAUAUUGCAAAACAAAAAAACAACAAAAAAAAUGUAAGUGUAAUUCAACAAUAAAAAUUCAUUUGAAAUUCAUCUCUAUAUCUCUCUUAUCCAUCGUUGAAGUAAUUAUUAUCUAUAGUAUCUCGGGAUUUCAUCAAACUCAUCAAAAUAUUCUACAUACAUAUAUAUAGGAAAGACUCCAGACCUCCAAUAAUGUUUGCCCAAAAAUAGUUGAAAAUUAAAAAAAAAAUAAUAAAUUAAAGUUAGAAUACAAAAAAAAAUGGAACAAAAAAAAACGAGAAAACUAUGUCAUUAUGUAUUAUUUUAAUAAUAAAAAUUUAGUGAGU